GCACAGACGCAAGCGGUGAGCAGGAGUUGAAUGUGGAGCGUGGGCGUAUUCCUUGGCACCUUUGUCUGGUUCAACCUACAUCCUCUCAUGAAACGCUCGCCCCUCCUCGAGUAUAGGUGAGGCUUGUGACCCGUCACACUACACCCCGUUCCGAGACGCAGUCUUCCGUUCUGUUGUCACCUCGGGAGACCGAAAAGGGUGUGGGUUUUUCCGGAACUCCCGUGAGCCAUACCUUCAACAAGCACGGCCGCCAGAGUCACAUACAUCUGCGUGCGAGGCAACAGGAAACAAGGUUGGAGAUAGACUGCGAAAUGAAGCAUUGACCUUGAAGGACCCAGAAGGUCCCCCUUUCUUGCUGCGCGUUCAUUCACAUGCUCAAAGAAGACGCGGACGAGAAGACGAACUGAGGCAGUCAGGAGGCAUUCCAUCAUAAUUCCUGGUUCUUGAACCUACAGGCUCGGGUACGCCGAUGACGCUGGAAACCGCCAGGCAAGGCGCCGAGAUCCGUAAUCUCAGAAGUCAACAUGCAGCUGCCUUCUGCGGGGAAAAACAGUCAAGGCUGUCCCCCAAGUAGCCUCCAUUUUCUGUCUCCAAUUACACGCUUGCACUGCCUCUGUCUAGUAGCGUGUGCCGCACCUCUCCUUUGGGAACCCGGGGGCUGCUCGGAAUCUCCCGCGCCCACGAUCGCAACUUCCUCACCUGAACUUGAUCUCUUGCCAGAUUUGCCACCAACGUUGCCGCUCCACGAAGGCACUACGCUUGGCUUAGAGCGCGACGUGAAAGAAAGUGCUCGUAAGCCUUUAUCUCGCGUACAAGCACGGGAGGAGACGAGCCUCGAAAUCGGUGCGCGUUCCGUCAAACUUGACGCACUUGAAGAAUAUCGAGGGAGGACGACGGGGUCACUUCUCCCCUUCAGCGGCAUGGCAGCGGGAAGUAGCCCGCUGGACUUUUCUUCUCAACAGCGACGGAGCGUAUCCAAGCUCUUCAAGCACCUCUUCAGACUCUUGGCAGCUCUUGCCAUCAUCAGCUCCAGUAUCUUCCUCACGCGCGAGUCCGAGAGCCUUUGGGGUAUCAGCGGUGGUGUGUUUUUGUUGCUCUUAGGAAUCGGGAAGAGUCUGUCGGCAGUGGUCAAGAUAGCCAAGCUUGGCUUUCGCAUGGCCAGAGCUGCCAGUGCGCAGAGAAGAGUAAGCGUGUUAGCUAUCAAGAAGACUGAGGAAGAGUCUAAAAGGAUCUUCCGCCGGCUUCCAAGGAUCAAGCGAGGCUCGCGGUAG